CCUUUGUAUGUGUGGUUGUGUUACAGGGAUGGGGUGUGUUGAUUCUGAGCAAUAAACAUCAUAUUUUUAACAUUCAGGAUUGACUUCUGAAGACUCUUGGUCCAUGAGGAAGAAACCCGGAAGAGGAAGAGGAAAGCAGAGGAGUCAGGGAUGGCUCCUCCUCAGGGUCUGUUGACAUUCAGGGAUGUGGCCAUAGAAUUCUCUCAGGAGGAGUGGAAAUGUCUGGACCCUGCUCAGAGGACUCUAUACAGAGACGUGAUGUUGGAGAAUUAUAGGAACCUGGUCUCCCUGGAUAUCUCUUCCAAAUGCACGAUGAAGGAUUUCUCGUCAACAGUGCAAGGCAAUACAGAAGUGAUCCACACAAGGACAUUGGAAAGACAUCACAUUGGAGAUUUUUGCUUCCAGGAAAUUAGUAAAGAUAUUCAUAACUUUGAGUUUCAGUGGCAAGAAGAUGAAAGAACUGUCCAUGAAGCACCCAUGACAAAAAUAAAAAAGUUGACGGGUAGUACAGACCGAUAUGAUCAAAGGCAUGCUGGAAACAAGCCUAUUAAAGAUCAGCUUGGAUCAAGCUUUCAUUCGCAUCUGCCUGAACUGCACAUAUUUCAGACGGAAGAGAAAAUUGGUAAUCAAGUUGAGAAGUCUAUCAAUGAUGCUUCCUCAGUUUCAACAGCCCAACGAAUUUCUUGUAGACCCCAAACUCAUAUCUCUAAUAACUAUAGGAAUAAUUUCCGGAAUUCUUCAUUACUCACACAGAAACAGGAAGUACACAUGAGGGAAAAAUCUUUCCAAUGUAAUGAGAGUGGCAAAGCCUUUAAUUAUAGCUCACUCUUAAAGAAACAUCAGAUAAUCCAUUUAGGAGAGAAACAAUAUAAAUGUGAUGUAUGUGGCAAAGUCUUUAAUAGGAAACAAUAUCUUGCAUGCCAUCGUAGAUGUCACACUGGUGAGAAACCUUACAAGUGUAAUGAGUGUGGCAAGACUUUCAGUCAGACAUCAUACCUUACAUGCCAUCGUAGACUUCAUACUGGAGAGAAACCUUACAAAUGUGAAGAAUGUGACACAGCUUUCCGUUUCAAAUCAAACCUUGAAAGACAUAGGAGAAUACAUACUGGAGAGAAACCGUACAAGUGUAAUGAAUGUGAGAAGACUUUUAGUCGGACGUCAUCCCUCACAUGCCAUCAUAGACUUCAUACUGGAGAGAAACCUUACAAAUGUAAAGAGUGUGGCAAGACCUUUAGUCAGGAGUUAACCCUUACAUGCCAUCGUAGACUUCAUAGUGGAGAGAAACCUUACAAAUGUGAAGAAUGUGACAAAACUUACAGUUUCAAAUCAAACCUUGAAAGACAUCGGAAAAUUCAUACUGGAGAGAAACCUUACAAGUGUAAUGAUUGUGGCAAGACCUUCAGUCAUAUGUCAUCUGUUGUAUACCAUCGUAGACUUCAUAGUGGAGAGAAACCUUACAAAUGUGAAGAUUGUGAUGGAACUUUCACUUUCAAAUCAAACCUUGAAAGACAUAAGAGAAUUCACACCGGAGAAAAACCAUACAACUGUAAUGAAUGUGGCAAGACCUUUAGUCGGAAGUCAUACCUUACACGCCAUCAUAGACUUCAUACUGGAGAGAAACCUUACAAGUGUAAUGAGUGUGGCAAGACCUUCAGUCAGCAGUUAUCCCUUACGCGCCAUCGUAGACUCCAUACUGGAGAGAAACCUUACAAGUGUAAUGAAUGUGGCAAGACCUUCAGUAAGGAGUUAACCCUUACAUGCCAUCGUAGACGUCAUACUGGAGAGAAACCUUACAAGUGUAAUGACUGUGGCAAGACCUUCAGUCAGGAGUUAUCCCUUACAUGCCAUCGUAGACUUCAUACUGGAGAGAAACCUUACAAGUGUAAAGAGUGUGGCAAAGCCUUUUGUGGGCAGUCAGCACUUAUUUACCAUCAAGCAAUCCAUGGUCUAGGGAAACUUUACAAAUGUAACAAUUGUCACCAAGUCUUCAGUAAGGCUACAACCAUUGCAAAUCAUUGGAGAAUCCAUAAUGAAGAGAGAUCUUACAAGUGUAAUAAAUGUGGCAAAUUUUUCAGACAUCAUUCAUACCUUGCAGUUCAUGGGCGAACUCAUACUAGAGAGAAACCUUACAAAUGUGAAGAAUGUGAUGAAGCUUUCAGAUUCAAAUCAAACCUGGAAAGUCAUAGGAGAAUUCAUACUGGAGAGAAAUUGUACAAGUGUAAUGAAUGUGGCAAGGGUUUUAAUAAAAAAGGAAACCUUACACGUCAUCAUAGACUUCAUACUGGAGAGAAACCUUACAAGUGUAAUGAAUGUGGCAAGAAGUUUAGUCGAAAUUCAGCUCUUGUAAUUCAUAAGGCAGUUCAUACUGGAGAGAAACAUUACAAGUGUAAUGAGUGUGGCAAGACGUUUGGUCGAAAUUCAGUCCUUGUAAUUCAUAAGGCAAUUCAUACUGGAGAGAAACCUUACAAGUGUAAUGAGUGUGGCAAGACCUUCUGUCAAAAUGCAGCCCUUGUAAUUCAUAAGGCAAUUCAUACUGGAGAGAAACCUUACAAGUGUAAUGAAUGUGGCAAGGCUUUUAAUCGAAAAGCAAACCUUGCACGUCAUCAUAGGCUUCAUACUGGAGAGAAACCUUACAAGUGUAAUAAAUGUGGCAAGGUUUUUAAUCAACAAGCACACCUUGCACGUCAUCAUAGAAUUCAUACUGGAGAGAAACCUUACAAGUGUAAUGAGUGUGGCAAGGUUUUUAAUCGAAAAACAAAGCUUGCACGUCAUCAUAGAAUUCAUACUGGAAAGAUACCUUAGAAAUGUGAAGCAUGUGACAAAGUUUACAGUCGCAAAUCAAGCCUCAAAAGACAGGAGAAUUCAUACUGGAGAGAAACCAUACAAAUGUAAGAGUUUGUGACAAGGCUUUCAGGCAUGACUCACACUGGCACAACAUACUAGAAUUCACACUGGAGAGAAACAAGUGUAAUGAGUGUAGCAAAGCCUUUAGUGGGCAGUCAACAUUUAUUCCUCAUCAGGCAAUCCAUGGUAUAGAGAAACUUUACUAAUGUAAUGAUUGUCACAGAGUCUUCAGUAAUGCUACAACCAUUGCAAAGCACUGGAGAAUCCAUAA